AUGGUAACAGUUGUACCAAAUCCACCAAUCUGUUUUGAGAGUACUGCACUUGGCUUUAUGCAAAAUGGUAUAACUUCUUCGGAAAAACUUGCUUUCUUGAGUUACGAACUUUUUGGGUCCAGUAUCGGCCCAAAAGAGCCCAACACAUCAAGGAUACCACCCCCUCUGCGUCCAUUUCACACACACACACACACUCUUCUUCUUCUUCUUGUCUGCGUUCUGAGAGCGAUGAGCAUGGAAAACGACGCACUGGAGAAAGCCAGUAGCGCCACCGAAGCACUUUACUUAACUCGAGAUACCUACUUUCCGGCCAAUUUCGACCUCAAAAUCGCCAGACUGAAAUCGGAAUCCGAUCUCGCUCUCAACCUCCUCGACUCCAUUCCUCCAGAGCAAAGGAAGCUUCUAGGGGAGCGUGCGAGGUACGAGUAUCUGAGAGGAAAGAUAUUGGAUGCAUUGCCGGAGUAUAAAAGAGAGGCAGAGGAUCAUCUCUCCAAAGCUGUUAAGCUGAAUCCAUCUCUUGCGGAUGCGUGGUUGUGCCUAGGGAACUGCAUUUGGAAGAAGGGAGAGUUGCUGUCGGCCAAGAACUGCUUUACACUCGCGCUGAGCAAGGGUCCAAACAAACAGAUACUGUCUCAACUUUCAAUGCUCGAAAGGAAAAUGGCUCAAGGUGCUGAAAAUCAGGCAGAACUUGUUGAUGAAAGCAUAAAGCAUGCCAAGGAAGCUAUAACUUUGGAUGUCAAGGAUGGGAAUUCAUGGUACAAUCUUGGAAAUGCAUGUCUUACGAGCUUUUUUGUGACCGGAGCCUGGGACCAUGCCAAGCUUCUGCAGUCUCUAAAGGCCUACCAAAAUGCUGAAAAAGAUGAAAGAAUGAAAUCCAAUCCAGACCUGUACUUUAACUGUGCUACUGUAAGCAAAUAUCUAGAAAACUAUGAUAUGGCCCUUACUAGAUUCGAAGCUGCUGCUUUAAAGGAUCCUGGUCUCAAUGCUAUGGAGGAGGUUCAGAAGAUCGUUAACCUUCUUGACAAGCUGGAUAACUUGUUAAGGGGACAAGCCAGAUCUAAACGACUUGCGUCUUUAGCAUCAUCUCUGGCUGUGGUAAAUUUGAAUUCAUCGUAUAAAAGGGCUACUGUAAAUCAUCUAUCUGAGGGUCUGAACAAAGCAGUAGCAUUAGUGGGAAAAGUGCUAUUUUUCAUUAAGCAUGAAAAUGUUGCUCCUCUGUACUAUUUGGCAUGCGAUCCAGAUCAAGUUUGCUUUGUUCUGUCAGUCUAUGGCAUUCAAUAUGAUUCGAUCAAAGAAGGAGACCAGAUAACAUUGUUGGAUCCGUUAUAUCGGCAGGUCAAUUUUUCAUGGAAAGAAAAGUUUUACCAGUUCAAAUCAUUUCGUGUGGAUUUCAAAGAGCAAUUGCUUGUGAAUGGAAAAGCUCUGACUCCUCAGCAAGAGGUCCGCACCUCAAUUCACGCACAGCAUAAACCAUGAAUAGAGUUAAGGGUGCAGUACAUUUGCACAGGUAGUUUUGUUUGCCUGUCACUGAUGUUAAUGGUGUAUUAUCUGUGAAUAGAUUAGGGAUGAAGAAAGAGACGUUAACUGAGUAAAUUCUGAUGGAAUUUUUGUUGUGCCUUACAUUUUCAUGGUAUGCGCUCAUGAAAGAUGGUCUAUCAGUCUAACUUCAGCUCAUCUUACCUUACGACUCAUGAUUUGGUUGCAAAAUGUCAGAAAUUAUAUGCCUUUUGUUUAUUAAGUGUACAGUACAAUGUACCUUCAGCCUUUUGCUCU